AUGGAGAACUCUUCUUAUCCUGUGAUGUUGACUCUUAUGGUGCCCAGAGAAUCAAAAUCAUACAGGCAUAUAUAUUUUACUUGUUUUCUUUUCCUCUAUUUGCUCAUAUUGUCAAUUAAUAUCCGUCUUAUUUCUGUCAUUAUCAUGGAGAAAUCUCUUCAUGAACCCAUGUUCAUGUUUUUGUGUAAUCUGUGUGUAAAUGUGAUAUAUGGAGCAUCAGGAUUCUACCCUAUAUUUUUGUUUAAUUUGCUCUUGGAUUCAUAUGUGAUCUCCUCUCACUUGUGUGCUUUGCAAUCCUUUGUUAUUUACAGCUCUUUAAUUACUGAGAUUACAAUAUUAACAGUCAUGGCAUAUGACAGAUAUGUAGCCAUAUGCAGACCUUUGGAUUAUCAUUCCAAAUUAACUAAAAACAAAUGUUUGAAAUUAAUUCUGUUGUCCUGGAUUAUACCUAACUGCUACACAGUUCCAGCAGCCCUGUUAUCAAGCUUGAGGAUACUUUGUAAAUAUCACAUUGACAAAUUGUAUUGUGACAACUGGUCAAUUGUAAAUCUGUCUUGUGCUUCAAGUUUUGUUAAUAAUAUUUUUGGAUAUUUUAUUAUUGUCACAUGUUUAUCUUUUGUGGUUGUUAUCAUAGUGUCGUACAUUAAGCUCAUCGCUGCAUGUAAAGCAUCUUUAGAAAACAGAAAAAAUUUUUGGCAAACAUGUUUGCCACAUUUACUGUUACUUAUGAAUUUUGUUUUUUCUGUACUUUUUGAUGUCAUGUAUAGCAGAUAUGGUGCAAAUGAUAUUCCAGAGAGUGUGCGUAAUUUUUUGGCUUUAGAACUGAUUAUAGUUCCUCCUGUUGUCAAUCCUCUAAUCUAUGGAUUAAAUAUUAAGGCGGUGCGCAAAAGAGCUUUUCCCUCUUGUCCUGUUUCAAAAAUACAUGUUUCAGAAGCUCAAAAAAUGUGUAAAACAUAA